AUGUUGAAUCCCUUUCAACAGUUGCCUCACUAUCCACAACCAACCACUCAACAACAAGAUAAUAACAAUUCAAUUACAAUGUCAACAACAAGUGGUGGAAAAACACACCAAGAAAUGUUACAACUCGGAACAAAUUCUAGUAGUUCUACUCUUCAGUCUGGUAUAAAUAAUGCAUUCCGAAAGAAUGCCAGCAAUAAUAAUAAUAAUGGAGGAGGGAGUAGAUGUUUUUCUCCACUCUCACCUAUUGGAUAUACAAUGAAUAGUGCUAGUAGUGGUAGUAAUUAUGCAACCAAUGGAGGAAACCAAUCUCCAUUUGAUAUUGCAAAUAAUAUGGAUUCAAUAUUUCCGACCUUUCCCAAUGAAGAAAGUCGUUUGCCAAAGGUAAAGAAUUUGCUAGGUGUUCCAACACCUCGUUUUUGUGCAUACAUGUUGAGAGGAUUGCAUGAAUUGUACACUCCUAUUGGUCCUAAUAUUUGUGGCUGGAAUUUGUUGGAUUCUAAUUGGUCAUUGAAUGAAUUGGACCAAAUGGUAAUGGAAAAUGUCAAGUGUGGAAGUGAUUUCAAUAAUAGAUUUUUGAAUUUUACUGCACAUUCCAAUUUAAUUACAGUUUUGCAGCAAAAUCCAAAAUAUAGUAAUUUUAUUGCCAGUGCAUGUUACUCAGGAGAGUUGAAAAUUUGGAAAUUCAAUGAAUCAUUCAAUGUUCUCAAUAUGGAAGCGAAUGAAAAUCCUUUUGAAUGCAUGCAAACAAUUCAAAUUCCAAACUCUUUCAGAUGCCAAUGUGGAUUUUGGAGUGCAGACGGCUCUAAAUUUGUAAUAUGUACAGAGGGAUACGGAGGUAGAAUUACAGUCUUUGAUUUUAAUCCAAAAACCCUAAAUAUGAGUAUAAUCGACCAAUCAGCUGGGUUCUAUCAGAUGGCCUCAUUCAUUCGACCACUGAAUGGAGAUAGUGCUGGUAGAUAUUUCAUCUUUGCACUUGAACAAGUUAAACAAAAGAAGGAAUGCGGAGUUUCUCUCUCACUUUUCGAAAUUGAAAAUGGUACCAGAUUGAAUCACAUAGAUACAAAACCACUCAAUUCCAGUGGACCAUUGAGUACAACACUCGAAUGCAAUAGUAAUGAAAAUUUACUAGCAGUAGCUUUCCAAGAUAGAAGUGUAAAAAUUUAUGGAAUUGAUGACAAGAUGGAUAUUAAGGAGUUUUGUUCAUUCACGGCCAUUGGUAGAGGCACUAUUUUCAUGAUGCAAUUCAAUUCACGUGACGAAUUGAGUUUCCACAAUUGUGAGAAAAAGACAAUUGAUAUUUAUCAGAUACAGAGGGUGAAUUCAGGAGAAGACUUUUUCGAAUCCAAAUUAAUUUCUCAACACUCAUUGAAUUCUUCUGCAAUUUCCCUUUACUUUUUCAAAUGGUUGGGUGAUAGUUUAAUAUGGACUUACAUUGAUUCUGAAUUCUCACUCGUAAAGGUUAAGAGACAAGAGUCUGAACUAGCAAUCAAACCUGGAAAGAAAGUGACUUCCAUAAGAUAUCACGAUUUAACAUGUUGUGGUAUUGACUUUUCACCUGAUGGUGAGUUUUUAGUGACUGGUGACUUUGUAGGUCAAGUCAUGUUAUGGAAAACCAAUGGAAAUUCACACAUACCAAUAAUGUCUAGUUUUGUUCCUGGAUCUGUGAGAGCAAUUUGUUGCAAGUGGCAUGAAAAUAGUUGGAACGAUUCUGAAAUUGAUGAGAAUAUGAAUUCUAGAAUUUUAUCUGUAUUCAUUGGAUCUCUAGAUAAGAAUGUACAUUGUUGGAAUAUUGAUUUGGAUAAGAUGGAGACCAUUGAUGAUCCUUAUAACAAUAUCAAAUUUUCUCUCACAUCCGAUAUUGUUUGUUUGAGAUGGUGUAAUGGAAAAUGUCCAAGACUUUUGGCAUGUGGCAGUAGUAAUGGUAUGCUAUGUGUUAUGGAAGACAACUCGAGAGAAUCUCCAAUUCUAAAGAUUAAAUUGGCAAUCAUUGCACACAAACCAAUAUUUGGAAAUAAGGACACUAGGUUUGGAUCAAUAUCGAAAUUCAGUGAAAUUUGGUCCGUUUGCUUUUCACCUUGCAAUCAAUAUGUUGUCACUUGCAGUGAAGAUCAAACAACAAGAAUUUUCGAUCUAUAUGGAACACAACUUCAUUCCCUCACUGGUCACACAACUGCUGUUACAUCAGUAGAGUGGAAAUAUAUUAAGGGAAUUGGUGAGUUGAUAGUGACAUGUGCAGACGAUAGAACUGUCAUGGUGUGGCGAUUGAAUACUCAAUAUGCAGAUAAGGAUAAACAUUACCAUCACUACCACCAAUUAUACGAAUUGGAAAAGCAACAAGGACAAAAAGCUUUAGAGGAACAAGAAGAUGACUUUGAUAAACAGGAACGUCACUCCAUGGAUAGAUGGGGUCUGUAUCAUGUCUUUAGAACUGAUGAUCAGUACGGAUUAGAUUGGCACACUCUGACCUAUCUCCAAAUUGAACCAAGAGGUACUCGUCUCAGUGUUUCCACUCAAAAUGGAUAUGUCUUUGUUUGGGAUUUGAGAUUUAGAAAAUUAGUGAGUUUUGGUAAGGGACAUCAAGGUUCAAUUGAAGGUCUCAAAUGGAUUACUCACAUGAAUGAGAAUGGCAUCUCCAAUCUGUUGGCAACCUGUAGCAGUGAUUGUACCAUUAAUAUUUUCGAAAUGCACUACUAA